AUGCUCCGCCUGCCGGACUUCGCCGGCUCCAGGAGCAACUACGCCCUCCACAACAUGGGCCUCCUCACCCAGGCCGACGGAGGGCUCGGGUGCGGGCCGCCCGACAGGUUCGCCGUUGCCGACUUCGUCCUCAAUGGCGCCGCCAUCUUGCGGUUUCUCUCUGAGGAAGGGAAGUGGAAGGCGGUACGGCCGGUCCAUGGCAACCCAUCGCUCCCGCGCCCGAUGGAGAUGAACCAGGAGACGGUUGCCUUCGGCGGCCGCCUGUGGUGGGUCGACCUCACCUUGGGUGCCGUCUCCGUCGACCCCUUCGCCGACCGGCCGGAGAUCCGCUUCGUCGAGCUGCCCAGCGGCAGCGUGCUGCCCGCGCCUGCACGUGUGGACGAAGCAGACCCCUGCAAGGUCGAGGAACGGGGGCUGCUCAUUAUGGAGGUCACCAAUCGCCGGCGCAUCGGCGUGAGCGAGGGGAGGCUGCGCUACGCCGAGGUGACUCCCGGCGGGCCAUUUCUGCUCAGCUCAUAUGCGCUCGACGACGACGAGGGCACCGGCUGGAAGCUGGAGCACCAGGUGGCACUCAGGCGGGCGUUGGCGGACGGAGGCUACUCGGCACAGGCGGCGCCGCAGAUCGCCGUCCUUGACCCCGUCGACGCCAACAUCAUUUACCUCAAGGUCGGCAAGGACGUCGUCGUGGUGGACAUGCAUAACGGGAAUGUGAUUCGGGGCUGUCGGCUUCAAGGAGAGUACAUUUCUCUUGUACCAUGCGUGCUUCCACCAUGGCUUGGAUCAAGCCGGAUCCCCGCCGAAGGCAAGAAGGAUGGCAUGGAAGUGACAGAUGAUCUGGUCAGUAGCGCCUAG